AUGUCCACCAUGGUGUAUCCACGCGAAGAAGCCCUGGAGCGACUGAGCCAGGAUGAGAUCGUCCUUAACACGAAGGCCGUCAUGCAGGGACUGGAGACGCUGCGCGGCGAGCACGCCCAGCUCCUCAACUCACUGCUGGACUGCACCCAGCCACCCGUCGCCCAGGAGAAGUCCGGACUGCUCCGCAAGAGUCUGGAAGCCAUCGAGCUGGGCCUGGGAGAGGCACAGGUGAUCAUCGCCCUGUCGAGCCACCUGAGUGCCGUGGAGUCGGAGAAGCAGAAGCUGCGGGCUCAGGUGCGCCGGCUCAUCCAGGAGAACCAGUGGCUGCGGGACGAGCUGGCUGGAACGCAGCACAAGCUCCACCGCAGCGAGCAGAGCGUUGCCCAGCUGGAGGAGGAGAAGAAGCACCUGGAGUUCAUGAACCAGAUCAAGAAGUUUGACGACGACGUGUCGCCCUCGGAGGAGAAGAACCAGAGCGCUGCCGGCAGCGGAGGUGGUGGAAGCGGAGGAGACUCUUCAAAGGACAAUCUGGAUGAUCUGUUCCCCAAUGACGAUGACCAGGGACCAGCUCAGCCCAGUGGAGAGGUGGCAGCCCAGCAGGGAGGCUACGAGAUCCCGGCCCGCCUCAGGACUCUGCACAACCUGGUGAUCCAGUACGCCUCUGAGGGCAGGUACGAGGUGGCUGUGCCGCUGUGCAAACAAGCCCUGGAGGACCUGGAGAAGACAUCUGGACAUGACCACCCUGAUGUGGCCACCAUGCUCAACAUCCUGGCCUUGGUGUACAGGGACCAGAACAAAUACAAAGAAGCUGCUCAUCUUCUGAAUGACGCCCUGGCCAUCAGAGAGAAGACACUGGGGAAGGACCACCCAGCUGUGGCUGCGACCCUCAACAACCUGGCUGUGCUGUACGGCAAGAGGGGCAAGUACAAGGAGGCCGAACCACUCUGCAAGAGAGCACUGGAGAUCAGAGAGAAGGUGCUGGGGAAGUACCACCCAGACGUAGCCAAGCAGCUCAACAACCUGGCCCUGCUGUGUCAGAACCAGGGCAAGUACGACGAGGUGGAGUACUACUACAGACGAGCUCUGGAGAUCUACGAGUCUAAACUGGGAGCUGACGACCCCAACGUGGCCAAGACCAAAAAUAACCUGGCCACAUGCUACCUGAAGCAGGGAAAGUUCAAGGAUGCUGAGGCCCUGUACAAAGAGAUCCUUACCAGGGCACAUGAGAAAGAGUUUGGAUCUGUCAAUAAUGAUAAUAAGCCAAUCUGGAUGCAUGCAGAGGAGAGAGAGGAGAGCAAGGGUAAACGUAAGGAUUCUGGCCCAUAUGUGGAGUACGGGAGCUGGUACAAGGCCUGCAAAGUGGACAGUCCAACAGUGAACACAACCCUGAAAAGCUUGGGAGCUUUGUACCGUCGCCAAGGCAAACUGGAGGCAGCAGAAACGCUGGAGGAGUGCGCCAGCAAGUCACGCAAACAGGGCAUCGAUGCCAUUAACCAGAGUAAGGUGGUGGAGCUGCUGAAGGACGGAGCAGCUGGAGGCAGCGACAGACGACACAGCAGGGAAGGAAUCAACGGACCUGGGGGACAGCGGGGCGAGAAUGAGGGUGACGACUCCGCUGAGUGGAACGGGGAUGGGAACGGGUCUCUGCGUCGCAGCGGCUCCUUCGGGAAGAUUCGUGAUGCUCUGAGGAGGAGCAGCGAAAUGCUGGUGAAGAAACUGCAGGGGAGCGGGCCUCAAGAGCCCCGCAACCCAGGAAUGAAGCGAGCGAGCUCCCUCAACUUCCUCAACAAGAGCACUGAGGAAACCACACAGGAUGCCAACUCUGAGCUGUCAGACUGCAGGGGACUAAGUGCCAGCAACGUGGACCUGUCCAGACGCAGCUCCCUGAUCGGAUAGACAGAGCGGCGAGGUGGGACUCGGGAGGCACCAAGUGGCCCGACGAGGAGAGGCUGUUAGCAGCUCGGUUUGAUCAAACCACACACUUAAAGCUCAAAGCGAGAUCAAACACUAGCACCUGCAGCAUAUUUUCUAAAGAACACUGAAACGAGCAUUACCACACUAAACGUCAUCCUGUAAGACACAGUCGCUGCUGCUCCGCUGUACAAACCGCCGCCAUCGAUCAGAACAGAGAAUAUUUAGAUACACAUUUAUGAGCAUGCCGCUUACUAGAAAGUGGAAUGUCUGCACCUGAACGCCUCGUGUUUUUGACUCAUAGCACCGUAGCAAAGCAUCGUAUUCACAUUGUGACGAGUCGGUUUCUUCAAUCCACACUGUCAUGUGCAGACACUCAACCUUAGGUAGGCUUAAUGUACUCCAGUUUCAGUUCAGAGAGACGCGUUGCACUUUGUAUAUUUCACCAGUAGCAUGAAGUAAUGGCUAAUGCUAACCAUCAACCGAAUGCAUAUCACAGAUGGUAAAAAAAAAAAGAAAAAGGUACGAUAUGCUUAGAUUUUAACCGAGAGACAGCAGAGGUACGAAAAGAGAAAACAAGCAAUCUUUGGGGAUUUUCAACAAGAAACAUUAGCACUAACCAUUUCAACCUCACUUUUUGCCUUCUUGUUUUUUAUGUAUAUACAGUUUUAAAUUAUUUCAUUCUUUGUAUAUAGCUCAGAUUGAUUUCUGUUUUUGUUUACACUUUAUUGCGUUAAAGAGGGUCUUUGUUGGAAAAAAAAAAUGCUACUUAUCUGAAGGGAAGAAACUGGAACUGAAGGAAAAGAAAAGAGGGAGUGAAAAGAAAGCGUUGAAAUGAGCACUUAGCUCAUCGGGUCAAUGAAAAUGUCAAAAAUGCUGAUUAAUUUAUUACCUCGAUCACUGAAAUAUGCUACCGAGCCAUCAAGGUUUCAGUCUAAACUAAAAUAAUGCACUUUGAGUGUGACAGUACUGUAUGUCUGGCAGCCAUCUGGGGUGAAAACCACAUUCUAUUUCAAAUGAACUUUCUCGCUGAAAAGAUGAAAAAGGGGCCAGAAAACUUGUUUGAACUUAAAUGUACAAAUAAACCUCAAUCAUUUGUCUGAAGCCCUUCUAAGACUACCUACAACACGACAUUUAAUCAGACGCUAAAAUCAAAGCUUUCAGGCACCUUUUACCCACUUUAGCCACAAAUCUUUUGAAUAAAGACAAACUUAAGCGUUCCAGGAUUUUACCAAACAUCCAUAAGUCUUAAUGAUGUUGAAGAAAAAUGAUGUUAAAGAAGUAUUUCCAAUUAAUUUGUUUACAAUCAUUCCAGGCAAUCAACCCUCAUUUCAAACUUUGGGUAAUUAUCUUAAUUAUUUGUUCAAAGCCGAUGCAGUGCGUCGGCUACAAUAUGUUUACUUUCAUUAUCAAGAUUUCUUUUGUGAUUUUUGUUUUUUUGUUUUCCUCAUUCGCCGUUGCUGAAUAUGUAUCAUUUUGUACAAUACAAUCCUCAGUUUUUAAUGCUGACCUGGAUUUCAUCAGUCACAAUCAGACUCUGGCAGAAAUCCGACCGAUGACCAUCCAUCCUCAGUGAAUUUUGCUGUGCUCAUGCGUUUUCUUGUUUUGGCUCCGAGCUUUUAUGUUGAAGGUACUGAAAACUGUUUAUCUGAAUGUUACUUUUAAUGUCGAAUGUGGGGUCUGGUGGCAUUUACACUGGAUUGUUGUGAUGUGCUUUCAAGUCAGGAGAUGAACUCCACCAAAAUAAGACCAAGGGAACUGUCCACCGAAUGUACACCUCUUGUUACGUUAAGUCGAAGUCAGACUCAGCAGGUGACGUCAGAUCCUCAGAUUGCUCUUUUUGUUUUGGCUUUCUUCCGUUACUUUUCCUAAAACUUGCUACCAAACCUUGUAAUGUAAGAAAGUCAAAAGGUCAACACAACCUGAACGUGAUUUCAAAAACGUGAACACGCAGGUUUAUUGCGAAGGCAUUUCGUCAACGUUGGUGCAUGCACACCAUCGCCGUACGCCUAAAUAAACUGAAGUCGACCUUUUUGAAAUCACCUUUGAUGAAGUCGCUCUGAGUUUAAAAAGUGCUAAUUAUCCUAUCAGCUUCUGAAUGUGCGAGGUGGCGCAGGUUUUGUAACGAAGACAAGCAUGCAUGAAGGAAAGACGGAGGACGAGCAGGAAGGAGACACAGAAACGUGACUGCAAGUGCUUUGGAAAGACACCGGUGAAGGAAAAGUGCUUUAAGUGUUGUUCGCAGCAAAUAAUGUACAGAAAUAUCUGUGUAUGACCUUUAUAUAUGUGUUUACUGUUUGUCACUUGUUCACACAUGAUGAUGGGAAACUCCUGAAAUCACACACACACACACACACAAUCUCAACACAAUGUAGCUGUAAAAACAAAAAAAACAAAGUGAAUGAAGCACUGAUUUGUAGCUGAAGAUUCAAUAAACAUGAGUGCUCCUCUCCAGUAUACACACCACCACCAUACCAAUAUUAAUCAGUCCUCUAUGGUAUUAAUCACUUCUUCACCCUGGGUUGGUUCAGUAUUCGUGCUCUUCUGGAGAUAAAUGGAAGUUCAGGAAUUGCAAACUCCAUAAAUAUAUGAACACACUACUUUGCUCAUUUGAGACACAAAAAACUGCUUGUAAAUAUUCAUCUUGAAUCACUGUUGCAGAAAGAUUUUUGAUCCAAAGCUUCAAAGAUAAAUCAGAUUAUUGUUUCUGUUCAGGGCUUCUUUUUUUUUGUUCAAAUAUUUAUGGAGAUCAGUGCAUCUACUCGGAGCCACGGAGGGUAAAUGUUACACAUACGAGGGUCUGGUACACAUGUGGGAACUCCUACGGGCAAAUGCAGAUGAUUUAACGGAUCUUAUUAUGACGGGGCCAACCUAAUGUGUAUUUUAUCAAAGGUUCAAUAAAUACGAAUUUCACUUUUCAAACUGA